GACUCGACGACUGGCCGCCGGCGUUUGACUCGACGUGCUCAGUAAGUGCAAGCGCACACGCCAUGGCGGAUGACCACGGGCUACGCUACCACCCAGCUAGCUACAGCUUCCUCCUGGUGCAGUCGCUGUCGCCCAUGCUGAGAUGACCGAGGAGCGUGGUGUAUAUAUAACAAGCUAGCCUCUCAACUCUCAAGGUUAGCUAGCUAGGCAUCGUAGGAUACUGCAGCGAUUGCCCGAUCGAGGAGCAUCGGCAGCAGCUCGUUCCCCUCUCUGAUUGGCGCGGAGAGGCAUGGCGGCGCAGCAGGUGGAGGCGAGCGGCGGCGACCAGGCGGCGGCGACGCAGCUUGGCGACCUGCCGGAGGCGUGCCUGGCGCAGGCGAUCGCGCUGACCUCCCCGCGCGACGCCUGCCGCUGCGCCGCCGUGUCCCCGGCCUUCCGCGCCGCCGCCGACUCCGACCACGUUUGGCGCGCCUUCCUCCCGCCGCAGCUCGACCGCGCCAAGCCGGCGCCGGUGCCGGUGCUCCAGCCGGCGCCCGCGAGCAGGAGCAAGAAGGAGGCCUACCUCGGCCUCUGCGACGCCGCCGGCGCGGCGGCCGUCGGCGAGGACGGCGGGUGCCGGAUCUGGCUGGAGCGCGCCACCGGCGCCAGGUGCUACGCGCUGUCCGCGCGGAGGCUCAGCCUGCCCUGGGACGACGGCGAGUUCUGCUGGAUGUUCGCGCCGCACCCGCGCUCCAGGUUCGCGGAGGUGGCGGAGCUGGUGGACUGCACGUGCCUCGACAUCUACGGGGCGCUCCCGGCGGCGGCGCUCACGCCGGCGGCGCCGUACGCGGCGUACCUGGUGUACGGCACGGCGGGCGGGGGCCACCGCGGCCUGAGCUACCCGGACCAGGAGACGGCGGUGGCGGUGGGCGGCCGCGUGGUGGCGCGCCACGCCGUGUGCCUGCGCCCCGACGCCGCCGAGGCGCGCAAGUUCAGGGGCGGCGGCAGCCGCGGCGAGGAGCCGAGGCGGCCGAGGAUGCGGGAGGACGGGUGGUGGGAGAUGGAGAUGGGGCGGCUGGGCGAGGUGGCGGGCACGGCCGCCGCCGAGGAGGUGGUGGCCAGCUUCGAGGUGCUCGGGUGGUACCCCAAGCGCGGGCUCAUCCUCGAGGGCAUCGAGUUCAGGCCCGUCGUCCAGAGUUCUUCUUCCUGAUGAAAAUGAAAGUGAAAAUGUACACGUGUCUCGGUUCAUCUUCUCGAUGAGCAAGCUGCCUCGAUGAGUGAAUGGAUUUGUACUUUGUAAAUGCAACAAUUGCUUUGUUUUUGAAAAUCAAAUCAUAUGGCACUUCGUGCUAGUUGCUCA